AUGGGAAAGAAGCGGAAGCUGUCGCAUCAUAAUGCGCAGGCCAGGGGGCCCAAGAAGCAUCCGCAGCAGCACAAGCAGGAGCAGCAAAAGGCGCACAAUGGCCCCAAGAAGGGAAAGAGUAAGCAGCAGCGCCAGGUCGACGAGAAGCCCACGAUCCCCUUUGAGCCUCACCACCGCAUCCUGCUCGUCGGCGAAGGUGAUCUGAGCUUCGCCGCGUCCAUUGUUCAGCAUCAUGGCUGUGCCAAUGUCACUGCGACUGUCCUGGAGAAGGAUGCCGAGGAGCUUCAAGCCAAGUACCCUCAUGUUGACGGCAACAUCGCUGUGAUUCGCGGCGAGGCUCCCAAGACCGAAAAGGCCGACGAGGAAGACAAAGAAGCUUCUACAAAGCCUAACGAGGGCGGCGGAAACGAUGGCGACGAUGAGAACGACAGCCAGGGCUCCGAUCAAGAUAGCGACAACGAGGAAGACGACUACUACGACUCGGACGAUCCAGACCAACCCCCCAGGCGCAAGCGCAAACUCACCCCAAAUAACCAGCUCCUCUACAAUAUCGACGCGACCAAGCUCCCCGCCUCCCUCACGCGGUCCGCCGGGUUCGACCGCAUCAUCUUCAACUUCCCCCACGUCGGCGGCAAGUCCACCGACGUCAACCGUCAGGUGCGCUACAACCAGUCCCUCCUCGUGUCCUUCUUCGAGCGCGCCAUCCCCGCCCUCGCGCCCGGCGCCGCAAUCGUCGUCACGCUCUUCGAGGGCGAACCCUACACCCUCUGGAACGUCCGCGACCUCGCGCGCCACGCCGGGCUCCAGGUCGAGCGCAGUUUUCGCUUCCAGGCGCGCGCGUACCCCGGGUACAGGCAUGCGCGGACGUUGGGUGUCGUGCGGAACGCAAAGGGGGAGAUAAGUGAGACUGGGUGGAAGGGUGAAGAGAGGGCGUCGAGGAGUUAUGUGUUUAAGAAGAAGGAAGAUAUUGCCCCGGUGACGGGGAAGAAGAGGCGGAAGGGUGACGAUUCCUCCGACGAUGAGGACUAA